CUUCCUCCGCUAUGGAUGGUCGUGCUUCGUUAGACUCUUAUUCGCAUUCGCCAGAUGUCGAUGAAUCCGAAAUGGCUCCUCUCAAUCCAACCACCACCGUUCAUGACUUUAACGGAAUCGAUUCUCAUGAAGGCCUCGCGAAUCCGGUCCAAUACAAAGUAUACAAGCGACGAUUUUUCGGCCUAUCUGUGCUUGUCUUGCUCAACAUCAUCGUCAGCUGGGAUGUGUGUUUAACCGCUUGUGUGAAUAUCUUCAUACGUACUUUACUGAUAGCCAGCAGNUGGUUGACCUUCUCGGCCGUCUCGAGCACUGCUGCCGAGUUCUACCAAGUGUCCGAAAGCGCCAUCAAUUGGCUGAGUACCGGCUUCCUCUUCGCCUUUAUCGCUGCUUCUCCGUACGCAUCCACCUACCAGUUUCAAAUUACGACUAACGCCCUGCCCCCAGANUUCACUAUAUGGGCUUUGCACAGAGGCUCCAAGGUUUCAAUCGUCGUUUCCGCCCUUUUGCUUUUCGUUGGAAACUGGAUCCGGUAUGCCGGUACUCGUGCUGGCUCUCAUGGUCACUUCCCAGUCGUUGUCCUAGGUCAGGUCAUCAUAGGCUUCGCUCAACCCUUUGUGCUGGCUGCACCGACACGUUAUAGUGAUCUAUGGUUCCCUGAGAAAGGUCUCUUUGGCCGUGUGUCCGCUACAGCUAUAGCUUCGCUAGCCAAUCCUCUUGGUGGUGCGCUUGGUCAACUCAUUGGCCCCAUGUGGGCAACUAAUCCAGCAGAUGUACCAACUAUGGUCCUCUACACCGCGAUUGUUAAGCUCGAUAUAACCGGAUCACUCAAGCUACUGGAAACCAACAAGGCUUUUUUCCUCGUACUUACCGCAUUUGGGGUAUAUACUGGCUGUUUUAAUGCCGUGUCAAGUCUAAUCAACCAGAUAUUGGAACCAUAUGGCUUUACCGAGACAGACGCCGGCAUAGCUGGUGCCAUUCUGAUUUUUGUCGGUCUGGGAGCUUCAGCAAUCGUCUCUCCACUCGUCGACCGCACGAAACGAUACCUGCUGACAAUCACGCUGUUGGUGCCACUGAUAGCGGCUGGCUAUGUUUUGCUCGUUUUCAUGCCCGAGACACGCACAGUGGCAGGACCAUAUGUAAGUACGCGAGACAAAAUGAAGGCUCUGAAUGGUGGUCUGCCGCUUUCGGAUAGCACUCUGCAAUGCGACAAUGACUGCAAUAUUCCACUCUUUGCAACGAAACAUGCUAAUCGCGCUUACAGNAUCACUUUUGCGAUACUGGGAGCAGCUUCCUUCUCUUUGCUGCCCUGCGCGCUCGAAUACCUGGUCGAGAUCACGUAUCCCGCCAGUCCGGAAGUGAGCAGUACAAUAUGCUGGGCCGGAGGACAGUUGUUUGGUGCCAUCUUUAUCAUUGUCAUGGAUGCACUCAAAGGCGUUCUUUACACGCAACCUAAAGGUUCCAUGACAUGUGCUCUGAUAUUUCAGGCUGUGGUCAGCGUGUCCGCCAUCCCUUGUGUGGUUAUGCUAUGGUUUCUGGGCAAAGGCAGUAUUGCAUUGGGGCGACGUGGUGCUGAAAAUGCUUCGACUGCUUUAGAGGGCGAUAGCUCGGAGCUUCAGCCC